GGUUGGUACACUGCUGACGGGAAACUCUCUUGUCGUGGGAAAAUGGAAUUUUUCCUCCGUUAGCCAAUGUUUCCAACAACAACUCCUGAUCUCCAUUUUCCCACCAACCGCACCUUCUCUUCAAAUAACGAAUAUUACAGGGCUUUUGUCUGAGUUUUAGAAUCUGAUUCUCAGAACUAGAGCCUCUUUUGCCCAGAUGGCAACUGCUCUACAGUCAUCCACACGAACUGCUCCUGUUGCUUUCUCCCGACAAUUCACCGGUCUUUCUUCCAGUUCCCGCGGCUCUGGAUCUGUUUCUUUCCCCCACAAUAUCUCAAUCAAGGAUUAUGGGAGGAACAUUGGAGAGAAGUUAUCUUGAGACAAAUGCAAUAAAACGAAUAACUUUUUCAGUAGUGUUCUCAAAUUAUUUUGUUAAGUUUUUACGGGUUGUUCAAAGAGAUUCUUGUUCUGGCAAUAAAAAGUAUGAAUGGUAACAUGAUAUGGACAAUAAAUCAUGGUAUCAUGG